UGUCCGGGCGGUGUGCAGCCAUUUGGACGAUGCAUAAAUGGUUACUGCGGGUCCGGUUACGAGUGCAUGCCUCGGUUGAGCAUUUGCUGUCCCCAAGUACCACAACUCCCAACAAUACCAACACCAACUAUCCCGAAUACGUGCCCAGUGGGUGGCGCUCCCGUUGGAAAUUGCAUAAAUGGUAUGUGUCCUACUGGAUUCGUAUGUAAUCCAAUGUCCAACCAGUGUUGUCCAACGUCAGGAUCAACUGGAAGCGCUGGUGCGAUCAGCACUGCCCCGAACCCAUUCGGUAUAAUUUUUGCCACAUUCAGAGAAAAGAUCGAAUAA